AUGCCCUCUAAGAUCACAGAGGCCGAAUGGGCCGCCGCAAAGCCAGAUAUCAAGUACCUCUAUCUUACCCUUAAUAAAUCAUUAAAGGAUGUAAGGACGGAGAUGAUCCGGAGGGACUUCGAAGCUACGGAAAGCCAGUAUCGCACUCAGUUCAAGAAAUGGGGUCCGAAAUGGAUCAAGAACAGCAAGGUCGAGGAUACGGAGAUGCUUUCAAUUUUUAUAGAGCAGAGAAAGAGUGAUGGCAAAGAAAGCAAUGUCUUCGAAUGGGGAAGGCUAUUGGGAGAGGAGGAAUUAAGGAAGAGAGUCGCGAGGAGUACUCCCAGCACUCUCCGACGGUUGGAACUUAUCGUGGCAGAGUUAUCAUCUAUCCAGAGGCGCAAGGAUAUUACUAAGGUUACCCAAAAAAUCACAGCUUUCCUUGCAGCUGUUGGCACAAGAAACAUUCAGAUGGUGGAUUUAUUCAUACAGAAUGGUGCCAUUAUUAAUCCAACUAUUACCGGGUGCAUAAGACGUACACCAUUGCAGCGGGCGGCCGAGAUUGGAAGUUUUGAAAUGGUAGAGUUACUACAUAACUUCGGCGCCGAUAUCAACGCACUGCCGGCUGUUAGUAGUGGCGCGACUGCCCUCCAACUAGCUGCAAUCGGUGGCUAUAAUCGCAUAGUCUGCUAUUUGCUCAACCACAAAGCCAAAGUCGAUGCUCCGGCGGCAAUGGUUAGGGGGAUGACAGCUCUCGAAGGUGCUGCUUUCAAUGGGCGGACGGAUACGGUACAUAUACUCCUGAAGGCGGGCGCGGCAUCCCACGGCAAAGAUCGCUCGCAGCUCGAUAAAGCAAUGAAAAUGGCACGCGAGGAGGGCCAUUUCCCGACUGCUGAUUUAAUCCACGAUUGGCCGAAUCUAGAGGACGAUGGAGAGUUACGAACGCUUGAUGAUAUAGAGGAUGAUAUCGGUGAGAAUGAAUUUGACGAAUUUGUUAAUUGGGAUGGAGAAUGCUAUGCCUAA